CGACAAUGUCUUGCGAUGGGGGGUGGAAGCCUCCGCCGGCGCCGGCGCCGGUGCCGUCGCUACCGGUAGGGGGGAGCGGGGAGUCUCCCUCGAGCACAGCGCCAGCAGCAGCACCACCACCAACUGCAGUGGAUGUCAGCGGUAGUCAAAACCAGCAGAACGGGUUCACGUCUACGACUACGCCUGUACCUGCGCCUGCGCCUAUUUCCACGCCGACGGCCGUGCGCCUCCCCCCAGGCUUCGAUACCAUGUUCCAGGGGAACUCGCCCGCGACGCCCAUGCACCACACCCCGACAGCACAGACACCGUCCAUGGACGCGGGCGUCAUGUCCGCCAUGCUCGAGACGCUAGGGAAACUAAACAAGCACCUCGACGCAGCAGCCAGCACGACCCCGACAGAUGCGUCCCGCGCCCCACAGCUACCAGUACCACUACCAUUACAGUUACCACCAUCCUCCGCCUCCUCCGCCGCCUCGAUUUCAUCAACACCGUCCUCCUCGCGAGAAAACCUCUCCCCUCGUCCCAGCGCCCAACUUGACAGCCAUAAUAUCAAUACUAAUACCAAUACCAACACCAACAAAACCAAAUCCACUGGCAGUCUCUCCACAGCAGCAAUAACACAACUCAAAAACGAACUCCGACUAGAAAUGCGCGAGGAAAUACACCGCGAGCUGGAGAAAGAUCGCGCGGCGCUGGAGGAGAAGUUGGACGCUGUGCAGCGGACGCAGGAUAUGAUUCUGGAGAUGCUGAGGCAGGAGCCUGCUUGAUGAUUCUUAUACUUCUUUUUCUUCUUCUUUUUUAUAUCCGUUUUAUUAAACAUUGUUGUUAUGGUGGUUUUUGGGCGGUUGAUAUUACUGAUGUUGAUGAUUUGUUUGAGGUUCUUUUGUGAUACCCUGAUUGCGGUGUUUUUAUAUCUUGAUUA